AUGUCGUCGCGACCCUCGCCCUUCGACAGCGCCAACGCGCGACAGUCGCCGUUCCGCCGACAGAACAGCGCGUCGCCAGCAACAGUACGAGGAGGAACACCAGGAUCCUCGCCGACGAAAGCGCCUUCAGCAUUGUCACUGUCGCCUACCAAAGCGAGCAAUCUAUCACCAGAGAAGACCAGUCCAUUCGUCCGACGACCGAGCCAGAUCAACACCGAGCGCCCGUCGAGCCCAUUCGCACGACCUUCGAGCAGCUUGAGCAUACCCACAUCUCCCUCUAGACAACCGAGCAACUCAAGCUACAAUGGAGCGCCGCUCAGCCCACGUCCUGCUUCUCCCAUGCGACUGCCAAGCAUCUCUCCAGCACCAGAAGAGCCCGACACACCCACAAUCCUCCCUCCCGCCUCGCCUUCACGAUUCGACGGAGCGAAACCAUCAUCUCACACUUUAUCCGAAGAAGACUCGCCUCCUCCACCAGAACCAUUUCAAGCACCAACUGUAGUACCCAGUCCAGCCAUGCUCCGGCCAUUAGCCCAAGGAACAGAAACAUCCUCCACAACAGCCACAAUCAAACAGCCUAUCUUCACAUCUCAGCCCGUGAAGAAAUCACCCACAAUGCCAAAACUCAACCCCAUCGGUGGAGGCGGAGGCGCAUACGGACACGUUCCACAGUCGCUCCUCCACAGCAUGCGAGAGUCUUUCGAGGUACUGGACAGUAACAACACAGGCGGCGUCACAGCAGCCUCAGUCUCAGAAAUGCUGGGCCAGAUGGGCCUCGAGAACACGCCAGCUGCACUGCGAGACUUCUUCCCGCCUAACGUAACUGCGCAAUUCAAUCUUGCGAGAUACCUAGACGUUCUGUCAGGACCAUUAGCGGACCUGUCGCAACCAGACGAGCUACGCGCAGCAUUCGAGGCUUUUGAUGUGGACGAUAGUGGACAGAUCGAUGUUGCAACACUCAGAGAUGCGCUGCUUCACACUGCCCCUGAGCCAGGAGAGCAUAUGAUCCGACUCAGUGAGCGCGAAUUAGAUGGUAUUCUGGGAGAUUUCACCGGACGAAGAGCAUUCGGAUCAAAGGGCAUGAAUGCUUCCAAGGCGAAGGGGGACGUUUUCAGGUAUCGGGAUUUCAUGUCGAAUAUCAGCGCCGGUGGUGCGCAAACCGAGGGCGGAGAGGCUGUCAUGGCUUCGUGA